GACUCGCUGGAGUACGUGCGACGGGCCAAGCCGAGGGUGGCGUUGGUCGAGAACGUGGAGACCCUGAUUGAGGGAGAGGUUGGAGAUCGCGAAAUCGAUUAUCUCGUGUCCCAGUUCGAUAGCAUGAACUACUGGUGCUUCUGGAAGGUCUUCGACACUGCCGAGUACGGGUCACCUGUCCCCCGGAAUCGUUUGUACUUGCUUGCUAUCCACGACGUUGGUGAGCACCGCGCGGCCCUCGGCCUGCACGCCCGGGACCUCAUGCUGGCCAUGCGCGCUCCGGACUUUUUCGGCAUCCACGACUUCGUGAUCGAGCCCCGCCAGGCCCGCGAGACCUUCAUGUCGGACAAGAGUUUGGUUCCCUGGGGGGAGAGGGGUGGCAGCGACGACCCGACGGUCGGUUGGCGAGAUGAGCACAAUACCUUCUACAGGGACCAUAACUUGACAUGGCCCCCUUCGGACAAGAUGACCUCUCACAUCACAAAGGAGGGCUUGAACCAGAGGCAGGUGGAGCUCGCGUACUUCCUCGACUUUGCUUUCGGACCCGUGGGGGACCUCGUGAACGGCCGGAGGGUGGAUUUCUUCGACGCCGCUUGCAGUUUGACGAGGCUCAUCGGUGUCAAGCUCAGCGAGCGCCAGCAGAAAGAGCCGAGGGACCCGUGGACCCUGCGGCCACCGACGUUCAUCGCCCACGCGCAGAUCGUGAUGAGGACUUACGUGCCCAGUGAGUAUUCCAGCACCGGCGAACCUGAGAGCAGGUUGCGCGCCUUGGAAGCUUUCGAGGUCAUGCAGAUGGUCGGCUGGGACUUCGCGGUAGGCCCGCCGCUCAAGCAGAAGUUCGAUCCCAGCGCAAUAGUUUCUCUGGCUGGGAACGCCUUCAGCGCUUUCGCCUGCGCGGUGAUCUCCCUCGUGGCCUUGAGUCUCUUCGGCCAGAUCCCGAGUGCCCCCGUGGAGAGGGGCCAGGCGGGCCACGAGGGUGAGCCCGACCAGCCUGGCGAGAGGGCAGCCGAGGAGGGCGAGCAGCCUGCCUCGAGUUCGACUGCGUCAAGCUCGUCCUCGAGCUCUGGCGACUCUGACGACUCUGACUGA